CGAUGUCAAAGUGAAGAAGAAGACGAAAAAAACCCCCACGUGUCCUUUCACCCACACUCCCUAGUGCUCCCUCUGCUCUGUCUCCAUGUUCCUCUGUCAUCACUUCUGAAUCUCAUAAGUCAUAAGCCAAACACGACCUUACUCAUCACAACAAUCCAACACUCUCUAUCUCUGAAACAACAUAACUCCAAUUCUGAAUAAAACAAGAUGGAAACAGAAGAAGAGAAUUCACUUAACGCAGCACUAAUAGAAGCUAUUCUCAAGGAGCAAGAGGAAGAAGAUCAAGCUCACAGAAGAAGAGCAGCGUUUAAUUAUGUACCCCCGCCGCAGCUGAACAACCAAUGGCAAACGGUUUCCUAUAACAAACGGAACCGGAACAAAUCCUCUAAGCAGUCUGUAACCGCCGAUCUUGACGGUGCCGCCGCCUCUUCCUCCUCUGCUGCAGCUUCUGAUUCUGUCUUCAGCUCCGUUGAGCGCCACUCCGAGGAGCGUCGACGCCGGAUCGCUGAGGCUCAGAUCGCCGGCGAUAAUGCCUCGUCCGAUGCUGCUCCGCAGAGAUCGCUGCGGUAUUCCGAUGAUGAUGAGGACGAUGACGGUGGCGAUGCCGACCAGGGAGGUGCUCUGAAUGGCUCUUCUCAGGCGAAGAAGGUGAAACAAAAGAAGCCGAAGAAGCCAAAGGUGACGGUGUCAGAGGCAUCUUCAACGAUCAAUGCUGAUGAUCUUGCCGCGUUUCUCGCUGAGAUCACGGCUUCAUAUGAAUCUCAGGAAGACAUUUUGUUGAUGCGAUUUGCUGAUUAUUUUGGCCGCGCCUUCUCAUCUGUCGGAGGAGCUCAAUUCCCAUGGUUUAAGACUUUCAAAGAAUCUCCAGUUGUAAAGAUUGUUGAUAUCCCUCUUUCACAUAUCUCGGAGGAUAUUUAUAAAUUAUCAACAGAAUGGAUUGGCCAUCGAUCAUCCGAAGCACUUGGGUCCUUUGUGCUAUGGUCGUUGGACAGCAUUCUUGCAGACCUUGAAAUUCAUCAGGGUGUUGUUAAGGGAAAUAAAAAGGUGGUCCAGCAGCAACCUUCGGCAAAAUCUCAGGUUGCCAUAUUUGUGGCUUUAGCGAUGAUAAUUCGACGAAAACCUGAUGUCAUGAUUAGUUUAUUGCCAAUAAUGAAGGAGAGUCAAAAAUAUCAAGGUCAGGAUAAACUUCCUCUCAUUAUUUGGGUGAUAGCUCAGGCUUCUCAAGGAGAUCUAGUUGUAGGGUUGUACUUGUGGGUCUCUCUUCUCUUACCUAUGCUCUGCGGCAAAUCCAGUUGUAAUCCACAGUCGAGAGACUUGAUUUUGCAGUUGGUUGAAAGAAUUAUUGCAUAUCCCAAAGCUCGGCCUAUCUUGCUAAAUGGGGCUGUCAGAAAGGGGGAGCGCGUUGUGCCGCCAUCAGCUCUUGACACUCUAUUGAGAAUCACUUUUCCUCCUCCUUCAGCCCGGGUCAAAGCCACUGAGAGAUUCGCAGCUGUUUAUCCAACAUUAAAGGAGGUAGCCCUGGCGGGAUCGCCUGGAAGCAAAGCAACAAAGCAACUUGCGCAGCAGAUAUUAAGCUUUGCAAUUAAAGCUGCUGAAGAAGCCAAUUCUGACCUAUCAAAGGAGGCCAGUGACAUUGUUAUGUGGUGCUUGGCUCAGAACCCUGAAUGUUACAAGCAAUGGGAUUCCCUAUAUAUGGAUAACCUUGAAGCAAGUAUUGUUGUAUUGAGAAAGCUUUCUGAUGACUGUAAGGAACACACCAUCACACAUUCCAGUUCUGAUCUUUUAAGUGAAGCUCUCAGAAGCUUCAUCCAGAAGAAUGAAGAGGGUUUGUCUAAGGUGGAGGACGGUGCUCGCCUUGCAUUAUUGAAGGAUGCUGACAAGCACUGCAAAGUUAUUCUGCGGCAAUUGUCACAAGGUCAUGGAUGCAUGAAGAGCAUGGCAUUCGUUUCUGUUGUACUUGCUGUUGGUGCUGUUUUCUUGUCGCAGAACAUGCAUUUCUUGGAUUAUAAGAAAUUGUCAGAGAUGUUGAACCUGUCCUAGGUUGGCAUGGACGAGGACCAUUUAAUUUACAACCGUCCAAAACAUAGUGAAAUCAAACAAAAAUGGAGUACACAAAACUUGGAUGCUUGCGCUGGCCAAUUAUUUGGGGGUCAUGUAUGUUCCCUAGAUUUAGGUCAAUUUGAGAAAUAACUUUCUCCACAGUUAAAAAGGAUUUGUUAUUUAUUGAUCUAAGAUAAGUGUGUGCCCAAAUGGCUAUAGAGGAAAUUUAUAUGAAGUUGAAACAAAUUGUACUUGGAAGCAAAUUUUGAAGUGUUUCAAUUCACAUUUGUUCUCAUUCUGGUUUAUUCUUGUAUUUCUUUGUUAUGCACAUUCUUGGGACUGGCAUCGAUAAAUAUUUUAUUUUGAGAUUAUACGUUUGAACCUGUGUACUAGUAAAUAUAAAUUAAAUGUA